AUGCCAGAACCGUCAAAAGCAACCACACUAACGGAAGUGAAUUUGGAAGGGUUACCUUCCAAGACGAUUUACAACAAACUGGACGGAUAUCAAACGGAAGAAUGUAAAACAGCGAAUUACGGAAGUAGCAUAAAAACUACAUUGCAAAAUGCUGGUGUGGAUGAGAACACUGCUCAACAAAUUAUAAAUACAUUAUGUUAUAUAAGUAAAUCAGUGAAAAAAUUAAAAGAAUUACCUUCACAUAAGGAGUUUUAUGAGAAAUUCGACCUAGGAUGGACCAACUGUACUGGAAUUGAACCAUGGCCCAAUCAAACAAAAGUUAAAUUAGAUGAAGAUGACGAUCAAAAUAUUAAAAAUCAUGCCGAGAAAAUUGUUGGAGGAUUGUGUUAUGUAAAUAAAAUGAAAGGGCAGGGCAAAGCCCCUGCCCCCCAAAAUAAUGACUUCUGUAAUUUCUUCUAUUUUUGGGUGGGAAAUAUGUUAUUUAAAGCAUUUAAGGAUGGUAAGAAGAACUCAUUCAAUGAAUCUAUGCAAAAAAUUAAAACUGCAGUAGAGACCCAUGGAACUGAUCAUGGUUGCACCUUCGCAUGCACUAAUAAAAAGCACAGUAAAUUUUUUGCACAAAGAAAAUUGCUAUUUUAUUUUACCUCAGGGACAAGACGAACUUACAACAACAAAUAA